UUGUGUUCAUUUUCGUUUCCGUGGAAAUAACGUUCAUGACUCUGGACUUUUCUUUGGACUAAUGGAACUUUCAGACUAGCAUGAACUUUCAGAAUUCCGGUGGAUAUUAAAGUAGGAGUGCAAUUGCGUUUGCAACUGUCAGUAUUGUUGUUGGGAUAACCUGAAACAUGGUCCGCUUUAAAAACAGAUACAUUGUUUUCACAAUAAAGCCACAUAACGACAGUGAUGACAAGCAGGCGGCAUGGAAGAAUACGCAUGUGUCUAAUGCAAUUAAAUUGAAGGUGCAACAACUGUAUGGAGAUGUUGGAGUUGCAGCGAUAAAGGACGGCUUCGACGCAAAAUACUGCAACAUACAAACAAAAAUAGCAAUAAUAAGACUGAGGCAUGGACCUCAUAAAUAUGCAUUACAUGCUAUUCCGCUGAUAAACGACGUAGGUGGACGAUUAGUCAAAACGAAGAUUCUGUAUAUAGGAGCGACUCUGAAACACUGUUUCCUCUUUAUCAGAAAACAUCAAGAAAAGAAGCUGGAACAGUUAUGGUCGAAAUUGCCAACAGAAGCCGAGAAAAAACGGAUGGAGACUUUUCUGAUGACUCUGACCCCCGCUAUGAAGGACUUCAAGUAAAAAUCAUCGUUGUAAAUAAUGAAUUGUUUUUGUUUUAAGUUUAUAAAUAUAAAUAAAGAGUUUUAAUAUA